UGUAUUUUAUUUAAUUUGUAGCAAUGGCGGACGCAGCUUCAGCCGGUGGCAGAGGAGGUUUCAGAGGCGGUUUCGGUGGUAGAGGACGUGGUCGCGGCCGUGGCCGUGGACGUGGAAGAGGCCGCGGAAGAGGUCGUGGUGCUAAAGAUGCCGACAAAGAAUGGGUUCCCGUCACUAAAUUAGGUCGUUUGGUGAAAGACGGCAAAAUCAAGACCCUUGAAGAAAUCUACCUGUUCUCCCAUCCAAUCAAGGAGGCAGAAAUCAUUGAUUUUUUCCUGGGCUCAACCCUGAAGGAUGAAGUCUUGAAGAUUAUGCCUGUACAGAAACAAACUCGGGCUGGUCAAAGAACACGAUUUAAGGCAUUUGUUGCCAUUGGUGACCAUGAUGGCCAUGUUGGUUUGGGUGUGAAAUGUUCCAAAGAAGUUGCAACUGCUAUCAGAGGUGCUAUAGUUUUGGCUAAGCUGUCUAUCAUUCCAGUCAGACGAGGCUAUUGGGGUAAUAAAAUCGGAAAACCUCACACUGUUCCUUGUAAGGUACUUGGUCAGUGUGGUAGUGUAACAGUGAUCCUCAUUCCUGCUCCUCGUGGCACAGGAAUUGUGAGUGCCCCUGUUCCAAAGAAACUUCUAAAUAUGGCUGGAAUAGAUGACGUAUACACUCAAGCUAGAGGCUGUACAGCAACCAUGGGUAACUUCGCCAAGGCCACUUACAACGCCAUUGCAGAGACCUAUGCCUACCUCACACCGGACUUAUGGAAGGACAAUGCUUUCACCAGGUCGCCGUACCAAGAAUUUUCUGACUUCUUGGCUAAGGCACACACUAAGUUACCAGCACCAAGGCAGGAGGACAAACCAUUUUAAUAACUUUACAAGUUUGAUGUAAUGCUUGUGGUCCCCUCGGUGAAGCCGUGUUUUAAAUAGAAAAAAAAUAAAAAAGUGAAUUCAA